AUGGACCAAGCGGUGUACCAUCCCCAGUACCCCCAGCAGCACCAGCAAGUACACCAUCCCCAGUAUCCGCUGGACCAGCAGCCGCUAGAAAAGAACCAGCUUGACCACAAGUACAGAUUCAAUGUGCUGGAUCAUUACAGAAUCGAAGAAAUCGUGGGCAAGCAGAGAGUGGCCAUUAAAAAGAUAGAGCCGUUUGAGCGGGAAAUGCUUUGCCUCAGAACCCUCCGUGAGUUGAAGCUUCUCAAACACUUUAACCACGAGAACAUCAUCAGCAUCUUGGCCUUGCAGCAGCCAGCGUCCUACGAGACCUUCAACGAAAUCUACUUGAUCCAGGAACUCAUGGAGACAGACCUCCACAAGGUGAUCAGAACACAGCAGCUUCUGGAUGACCACAUUCAGUAUUUUGCUUAUCAGACCCUCAGAGCCCUCAAGGCCUUGCACUCGGCCAACGUGCUCCACAGAGACCUCAAGCCGUCCAACUUGCUUAUGAACGCCAACUGUGACCUCAAGAUCUGUGAUUUUGGGCUUGCCCGGUCGGUGGCUUCUUCAGAGGACAACUUUGGUUUCAUGACAGAAUACGUGGCUACGCGUUGGUACAGAGCUCCAGAAAUCAUGCUUACGUUUCAGGAGUACACUACUGCCAUUGACGUGUGGAGUGUGGGGUGCAUUUUGGCCGAAAUGGUGACGGGCCGUCCGCUUUUCCCCGGCAGAGACUACCACAACCAGCUAUGGCUCAUAAUGGAGAUUUUGGGCACCCCAAGCUCCGAGGACUACUACAAUAUCAAAUCGAAACGUGCUCGCGAGUACAUCAGACUGCUCCCGUUCUGCAAGAAGGUGCCGUUUACUGAGCUCUUCUCGCAGGUGCCCGAGGUGAAUCCUUUGCUUAUUGACUUAAUCGAGCAGCUUCUCGUGUUCAACCCGGCCAAGCGUAUCACAGUGGAGAAUGCCCUAGCGCACCCAUAUCUCGAUAUAUACCACGAUCCCGAGGACGAGCCAUGCAGCGAGCCGAUUCCCGACAAUUUGUUUGACUUUAACAAGCACAAGGACCAGUUGUCGAUUGCCGACUUGAAGAGGCUUCUCUACGAAGAGAUCAUGCAGCCGUUAUAG